AUGGUUAAUUCUGAAACUAGUACCUUUUAUAUAGUUAAUGCAGAAGUUAGUACCCCUUAUAUGGUUAUGAUUGAUCAAGUGGCAAAUAUUGAAAGUAGCACUUUCUACACAUUUAACACUAAACCCAGUACCUCUGAUGCAGUCAAUUCUGAAUUCA